CAGCAUCGGUGAGCAUCAGGGGUGCGUUGCGCUUCCGAGAUCGUUAUUUUUUUGGCGUUUUUCGAGUCAGUAGUAUAUUUAGGUAUACAAUUCAGCUGAGCUGACUCCAAACACCACUAUAUUGUCUCAAAAUCCUGUCUAGGUAGUCAGCUCACUAGUUUUUGAAACACAGUCAAUUUCGGUAACCGGUCCGUCCGCAAAUGCGUCCGUUCCGAGGAGUGAUUAGACUGGCGCAAAUUCGUCUCAUGCAUUCAUCUCAGAUUCAUAUAGCGUCUAGCUCGACAUCCAGACACGCCAACCGAGAGCUGCAGCCGUCGUGUUUUAACAUCCUUUAAACGGAGAGCAGACUCUCGUCGACUGAAGGCGAUCGAGCGCCGCUGGGAAGGUUUAUUGGGGUUUGAUCAGCGCUAUGGCGGAGGUGCCAGGUACAUCGAGUGAGACGAUAACGGAGACUGUUCAGACGGGCACGCCGCCUCCACCCCAGCAGGAGGGCAGAAGCCUGACCAUCAAGCUCAGGAAAAGGAAGACUGAGAAGAAAGUGGAGUGGUCCAGUGACACGGUGGACAAUGAACAUCUGGGCCGGAGGUCUUCAAAGUGUUGCUGUGUUUAUGAGAAGCCUCGACAGUUCGGCGAGUCUUCCUCGGAAAGCGAAGGGGAUGACGAGGAAGGCUGCGGAAGCGCGCACUGCAUUCUGGGACAUGGGAGAAGAGACCAUGGACAGAGGGAGGGUGGAGGGAGCACAGCGCCCCCUAGCUCUGGGGGAAAGAACCCUCACUAAAAGUUGACGCGAGUGUGAGAGUCGGUUUGGAGGGAAGGGUAACGGACGGCGUGGGCACUACAUUCAUAAUCCCUCAUCCUCACUCACAUCCGAUUACAUCACACCAUCACUGGGUGUCAAAAGCUUUUUGAUGAAUGAAAGCUUGUAGAGCAAUGCAAUGUGAUUCGUUUUCUCCUCGGUCAUCUGUUUAAUGACUCAAAGAAAACUAAAUCUUUUUUGCAAUCUGAAUGCUGCGGAAAAUUGAUAUUUGUUGUACAUGGGACAUUGGUUUUUAUUUCUUUUGUAAAAUCUAUAUUUAUUUGUUUGCGUUUAACAACUUGAUCUUACCAGUUUUGUGUUCACAAGCAACAUUUUAAUGGAUUUAAAUCUUAAAAUAUGAUUCAGCAGGGUUAUAGCUUCUAGUUCGAAUCGAAAUAAAUGCAGUAUAAAAAAGGAAUUUUCUAUCAAAUAUGAUUUGCCUUGCGGUGUCACAAUUCUAGCAGCAGUAUUUCUUCAUAUCACUUGAUCACUUGAGGAACUUCAAGCGUAAUAUGUGUUGUGUGCUAUAGUGAAUUUAAAACAUGACAAGUUUCAGGAACUCAACCCUUUGGAUAUUCUUACAAGGGCGCAUUAAAUCAUCUCCAUCAGCCGUCAUAAGUUUGAUUGAGUUAUAGUGAGACUCCCCUCAGACAAUCAGACUAGUCAGAGACUCGGCAUGUACGUGCAAAGACAUUGAUGUGUUUAUAACUUAGUGAAGUGGACUGAGAAACAUCUGUGAUGCUGUACUUCAUUCCGAACCUGGAUCAUUACACAAAACUGAACAGCAGCUGUGAAAUUAAAGAAAUAGUUCAACCAAAUAUGAAUAUUUGCUGAAAAUUUAUGUUAGAUGUGAAUAUUCAUGGGAACAGAUUUGGGAAAAUUUAGCAUUGCAUCAUUUGCUCACCAGUGUAUCUUCUGCAGUGAAUGGGUGCCGUCAGAAUGAGAGUCCAAACAGUUGAUAAAAGCAUCACAAUAAUCCUCAAGUAACCCACACGGCUCCAGACUAUCAAUUAACGUCUUGUGAAGUGAAAAGCUGCUUGUUCGUACUAAACAAAUUCAUCAUUAAGACUUUUUAACUUCAAACCACCGCUAACGGCUAAAAUACGAGGCCAUAAUCCAUAAUGUUGCUUUCUCCAGUUAAAGUCAUCUUGUCUGAAUCAAGAGAGAAAUAUGCACAGAUCAAGCACUGUUUACAGGCAAAAACAGCUCAAAACAGUUAGAAAUGAAUAUGUUGGUGGAUUUUGAUGUGAGAGAACAACAAGGGAAGGACUUGUUUUUUAUGGAUUAUAGGCUAGUAUUUUGGCCAGAAGUGACAGUUUAAAGUUAAAACACUGAUUGAUGAUGCAUUUGUUUCUUCGAAAUGGGCAGCUUUUCACUUCACUAGAUGUUAAUUGAUGGACUGGAGUGGUGUGGAUUAUUGUGAUGUUUUUAUCAGCUGUUUGGACUCUCGUUCUGACGGCACCCAUUCACUGCAGAGGAUCCAUUGGUGAGCAAGUGAUGUAAUGCUAAAUUACCUCUGAAGAAAAAAACUCAUCUAAUACUUGGAUGGCCUGAGGGUGAGUAAAGUUUCAGCAAAUGUUAAUUUCUGGGUGAACUAUUCUUUUAAAUGGUGGGAUUGAUCUGAAAAUGUGUAGAUUUGGUAUAUUUUCCUUUCAUUCUCAUGCCUUACACGAAAUACAGGGAAGAUGUUUUGUCUUGUAUAGAAGAUCACCCUGUGGUGCCUCAUCACAUCUUGGGCACUAUGGCUGCUUUUAUUUGGCAGAAAUUGGUAUAAAAUCCAGCUAAAAGUGGGAGAGUGCAUGCCGUCAGGAUGGUGUGUAGUAGUUUGACCCAAGCUUUAAGGUGUAAACAGAUUAUAUGUGGUGUAAAGAGCGUGGGAGAGUGCAUGGCUGAAUGCUGGCCAAGACCAAAUGCACAUAGUAUCAUCGCUCCACUGAUGUCACAUACAGUUUACAGUUGAUCCCCAUCAGGACCGUCACUGCAGUCAUCUGCAUCCCAGCAUUCACAUGCAUCUGUUGUCCCUUUACUUUGAAUGCACCUGUAUGUACAUAGCAAAGGUCAUAGAGUGGAUUUAACAUGAAUAAACAGACGUUAAAUUAUGUUGUUUAUAUCUAUUAAAUGCUUAAUGGCAACCUGA